AUGGUGCAAAAGUACCAGUCUCCCGUGCGCGUCUACAAGUAUCCGUUCGAGCUUGUAAUGGCGCAAUCAGAAGCAUUUGGUCAAGCCAGCAAGCACGAGCUCGCGCCAGGGGCAGUGAUGCUGAGGCACAGGCCACCUUUCACUGCAAUAAUCUUUGUGCAGGAUGCAGUGGCUGGCUUCGAGCGGCGCUUCCCAACAUGCCCGAUGAUCCCAGUGUUUUUGGCAGCACACGGUCUCGAUUACAAGAGUGAAGAUGGCGCAGAGCACGUUAUCGAACGCCGGUGCCGCCUCAACGUUGAUGCACCAUAUCUAUUGAAGAAGAUCAUAGGAGUGGACUUUGUGUACUUUAUACAAAAGAACUCCCUAGAUCGGCGGCAGCGAAUACUUAAAAUUGAAGCCUACAACGAGAGCUUUUCGGCACGAGUUGGCAUCAAAGAAAACUGCACUUAUUCGGUGCACCCAGAGAACCCGGACUGGACCUGCUUUGAGCAGAGUGCCUCUCUCGAUGUCAAGUCCUUCUUUGGGUUUGAGAGUGCGGUUGAGAAGCUGGCCAUGAAGCAGUACUCCCACAACAUCUCCAAGGUAUCCUACAUUCCCAAGUACUUAUAGGGUAUUUAGCCCCAG